GUGCUGGGUAAUGGCGGCAAAGGCUGAACGAUGGUGUUUUACCAAAGAACAAAUUACAAAUUCUCCCAGUCGCCGAUGUGGAAUAGACGCCGAAAAAGAACUCUCCUAUAGACAACAAGCAGCCAACUUAAUACAGGAUAUGGGACAACGCCUCAACGUAACUCAGCUAUGCAUUAAUACAGCCAUUGUUUACAUGCAUCGAUUUUACAUGUUCCAUUCAUUCACAAAGUUUCAUAGAAAUCGUAUUGCAGCUACAGCUCUGUUCCUGGCAGCAAAGGUAGAAGAGCAGCCAAGAAAACUUGAACAUGUGAUCCAGGUGGCACAUAUGUGCCUGAACAGAGAUGGCAAGGCAAAGCCCCUCGAUACCAAGAGUGAGGAAUACCUGGAGCAAGCUCAACAGCUGAUUGGCAAUGAGAACACCCUUCUUCAGACACUCGGAUUUGACGUCGAUAUAUUUCAUCCGCAUAAACAUGUUGUCAACUGCUGUCAGCUCGUCAGAGGUAUGCGAUCUACAAAGGAUCUUGCACAAACCUCAUACUUCAUGGCAACCAACAGUCUGCACCUGACGACUUUCUGCCUACAGUACAAGCCGACAGUGGUUGCCUGUGUCUGCAUUCAUCUAGCCUGCAAAUGGGCCAAGUGGGAGAUUCCUCUCAGUUCGGAGGGGAAGCAGUGGUGGUGGUAUGUGGACAAGUCGGUAACCGAGCAGGAUGUGGAAGACUUGACGGCAGAGUUUCUGACGAUCAUGGAAAAAACACCAAGCCGGCUGAAGAGCAAGAUUAUGAAGUACAAGCAGGUGUGUGAUAGCCGGAAGCAGAGUGGAAUCGAUCCGGCGCAUGAGCAUCAUCAUCAGGAGCAACAGCAUCCACACCCGUCACAUCAGCAGCAGCAGCAGCAGCCCGGCCCCUCGCACUCCACGCAGCAUCAGCAACAACCUCACCCGCAGCACCGACGACCGGCCAUUGACCCACCUAAGCCGCAGGCGCCUCCUAUGCCUGCCUACGAACUGCACCGCAACAUAUUCGAGGACUUGGAGAUGCCGGACAUCUCACCGCCUAGGGGCGCUCGCAGCGAGAUGUUUGCCGCGCCGACGCAAACUGUCGAGGCAAAGCCCGGAAAGCUGAGACCGGAGGACUACAGAGAGCGGCGGUUGAAGGAACAGAGGGAGGGCAGGGAUCCUCAUCACCAGCAGCCUGAGCAGCAGAUACGACACCCAGGCCAGCAGACGAGCACAACUAGAGACCGAAUGUCCGACCAUUACCACAGACCACCUACGACAUUCGGCGCGGGAUCGCAGCACCAGCACGCCGCCAUGGCCCGCUCCGACCACGCGGCUCCCCACCACCAGGGCGGCGGUGCGCGUCCCGAUCAGGCGGCCGAGCGCACACAGCGUGGGCGCCCACCCGACCAGCACGCAGGCGGGGCGCGGGCGGACCACGGCGCGGAGCACGCGCACAGGCCCCGCCCGCCCGGCCAGACCGAGCAUGGCGCGGAGCAGCACUCACAGAGAGCGCGUCCGCCGCCGGACUACCACGGUGCCGCCGAGCCGCGGUUGCGGUCUGUCGCGCCGGGUCACGUGUCCGCGCCGGCUCAUCCCGCGGGCAUACCGGUGCUAGUCCACGGCAACUCUCAGGGCAGGGAGCAGGCGGCGGCAGCGGCGGCGGCGGCAGUGGCAGCGGCGGCGUCGGCGCCGCCUCCCACGGACAGACUACUGAACCUCGGCUCGCCCGAACUCAGGAAGAGCAGCAAGCAUAAGUUGGAGCACGCUCACCACCGCCCCGUCGACCAGCAGCAUCGUACUGAGCCGCACAGGAGCGGUAAGGAGCGCUCGCAGCAGCCGCAGCAGCCGCAGCAGCCGCAGCAGCAGCAGCCCGACGCCGCCACGUCGCAUGCAGACAGCAUGCAGGCGCGGACGGCCGCCGAGAUGGGCGCCGCGCUGCAGAAGCUGGUGGAGCGCAGUGAGAAGAAGGAGGAGCGCGAGGAGCAGUCUCGCAGGCAGGCAGACGCGGCGGCGGCCACGCACACCAAGACGCACAACAAUUCUCAGCAGCAGAACGCGUCGCCAGCGUCCUCCAGCCGACACAAGAAGCGGAGUCGCGUGGAGGCGCCACUCGAGUCGCCGCAGCAGAAGGCUCUGCGGGUGGACGGCGUCGAAGCCACGCAUUCCUCGUCGCCGAAACUCAUCCCUGUGUUGCAGACGUCCCGCAUGAAAUCUCCUGCUGUGAAACCGCCGCAUUCGGCGUCGAUGUCUACCGAGCAGACCUAUAACUGUGAGCCGACGGACGCGGCGGCUGCUUCUGCUGCCGCUGCCAACGGCAACGAGGACGCGUUCGUCGUGGCAACGAGCGAGGAUGGACACAAGCUGAAGCUGAAGAUCAAACUGCCGAAGCCAGACAGUGAUAGCAGUCAGCCCGGUGAUCAUCACAAACACAAGAAGCAUAAAAAGAAGCAGGACAAGCACCGCGAGAAGGAGAAGCGCCAUCACAGCAAGCACCACGCGGCGGCGGCGCCGCCGCCGCCCGUAGACAGCGACAGCCUGCGGCAGGUUGACAGUGCAUAUCAGAAGAAGAGCGGCUACCAGAUGCCGACGGGACAACCGCGGUCGUCCGCGCCGACGAUGCCCGCUCCGCAGCCAGUGGCCACUGCGCAGGCGGCGGCGGUCAGUGCUCCACCAAUGUCCUUGCCACAGCAGAUGCCUGCGUCACAGAGACCUCCGCUGCCGCCGGCGUACAACAUGUAUCAACCUCCUCCACAUCGGCAGCCCCAGCAGCCCUAUAACUUCCCUCACAUGGGUUACCGGGGUCAGCAACCCCCACCUGGGUUCCCCCCUGGCACGCUCCCACCACCGCCACCAAAAUCCCAGCCGCAUCCCAACUAUCCGUACUACCAACAGCCCGCAGGUUACCCUGCUGCCCCGGCAUAUAUGGGCUACUCCUACCCUAUGCACCAACCCCCCAAUCAACCGCCUCAUCCUUUCUCACACAAUCAUCCACCACCUCCUCUUCCUCCCCCUGGCUCACCUCCUCCACCUCCCCCACCCCCAGAAUGACAGUAGUAUCGGGGUGCACUGUUUUAAAAUGCUAGAUUAUAAUUUUUGAUGAAAAUUGUUUAAAUUUUGACAUGACUGGGUUUGAGCUCUGUGCACAGUGAUCUCUCUGUGAUUAAAUACUGGUUGCAUUUGAGUUGCACAGAAGGCCUGUGUAAGCAUCUUUGGUUGCAGCUCUGUAUAGCAGCAAGUGUUUUUACCCUGUGCUAGUGUUAGGGUUCCAUAAAGGGAGUUUUAGGGCCAGUCUGUGUAAUUGAUCGUUGAACGUUUCACUGGACGAGCUCACAGCACUUGCCUGUGUAUAAAGUGAUAAGUGAUAAGCAUACUGUCAGGUUGUGCAGAGUGAAGGCGAUAUAUAACAGAAUCAUGUUGACGUGUUUGUUGGUACAAAUCACCUGAGUUCUACGUUAUAUUGUUUUCUUAUUAUCGUAAGCAUGUGUCACCAUAUGCAUUAAUUGGUAGUGCGGAGGUAAUUUUCAGGCACUUAUCAGCCUUAAACUAUUGCCUCGUUGUGUGGAGGAAGGCACAAGAUGUAACCCGGUGUAACUUUGUGACGUGCUAGUGUGCCGUGAUCUCGGAAACUCGCGAGCACGUCAGCUUUGGUGAAGUGAUUAGGUAAAUGGCAUACGUAGUGUAGGCUGAACUACCCACUGGACGAUAAAUAAUCGAAGUUUCUGUCAUUAUUUUAUCGACUUACUUGCGGAAGGUGUAUUUGAGGCCCCAGCGCUAGCGCCACUGGUGAACUUGGCAAGUUGUCUACACUGGUCGCAAUUCUUUAGUUGUUUGUUUUUGCCGGUCCACGUGCGUGUAGGUUUGGAAGCGAACCUAUUUUGAGUCGGUUAUGUUUUGUAGAUAAGCGGCAUUGGGAUUUGGGAGAUGGGUGUGCCUAGCAGGCGACUAUAUGUGUGUACAAUCACCUGAUAGAAAGAUGUUGCAGCAAUGGCAGUCUGUAUAUAAGAAUUGAAAAUAGUGAAAUGUCUGUGUCAUAUUGUAUACAUGCGCAUUUUUUGUAUCUCUGUGGUUCGCACAGUGGGUGCCACCACCUUGUCUUUGGCUUCAGGGAGCCGUUAUAAUGUCGGAGAGAUUCUUAUUAUUUUUCAUUAGUAAAUUAUCACUCAUUUUUUGUUUAUCUUUGCCAUUAUUAUAAUGCCUUGUAAAAUAAUUAAACUGUUCUGAACCAGUGUAGAAAAUCAGAAGAAAAAAACCAAAACGGGGAAAAUAUGCAAAUAUAAAAUGUUAAUUUUUGUUAAAUGGCAUAGGUAACCAUUCUUACAUACACUGGGUUUAACCAGUCCUGUAGUAGUGCUGCUGUGUGCCAUCCAAAGGUGUGCAGAUUCAACAAAACUUGGGAUUCCAAUUGCUGCUAAAACUAUAAAAGGUGCUUUGUAAAUAUUGGUGAUACACAACAAACAACGAAACAAAUAAAAAAAUUUGGUGUUAGUGGCUCUGUUCAGUUGCAAAUAUCCACCUUGCACAAACCCCACUUUGUCACAGAAAACGCGUUUGUGUUGCGGUAAAUUAACGAUGUUUUUACGACUGCACCCUCGCGUGAUCCCAGAUGCAGCUUUGGAGUCCCGACUUUCCCUAUAUUACAAAUUGGCAGACAACAGCGCCACCUAGCAUGGACUGGUUGUUCCAGUGUAUGCCAUCUUAUGAGUAUUAGAAUAAGUGUACGAUGAAAGGUGGGCAUGCAGUUAUCAGCACUGCAAUGAUGCUUCACUGUAAUCCGAUUUUAUGUGUACACGUUUCUUCUAUCUUUUACUUUUGAGUGCCGGCACUGGCAUGCUCACACAUCUGACACACUGGCUCCUUCCGUGUGUGUCUACGUACGUGGCAGCCUGUCCUGCAUUUAGCACAGUAUGUAUCUAGUAAUGAGCAGAGAUUAGCAGUGCAGACUUUCCACUGCACUCCGACUUGAUUAGCCGGUUCUGCCGCGCUGCUGUUGAGUGUGUGACGCUGUCACAAGACUGAUAUAGGCAAUUUUCACGUCCUUGCAUUGGCUGUUUCGCCAGUGGCACUUGUGUACCGACCCUCCGUCACCAUAACAUUAAAACUUGUGGAAACAA